AAAUGUCAACAUUUUCAGUAAUUCAGGAAUAAAGUUGUCCCCGUGUCCUGCGUACGUAAUUAUAUUAAAUAAAUUAUGCAAAUAUGAUGCAGCAUCAGUAUUGGGUUACGAAAAAGACUGUUCAAAAAAAAUUUGGUUCAAAAGAAGACGAAUGUAUUGUUUCUUCUGAUGCCGAGCUCGACGCAAAGUUGGAAUUGUUUCAAUCAAUAUCUGAAAGUUGUUUGCAGUUACAACGUUAUUUGGACCAGUAUCAAGAACGACUGUGUAUUUUAGCCCAAGAGGAAAAUUCUUUGGGAAAAUUUCUACGAGAUGCUGGUAAAAACACAGACGCUUCGGGUAAACAUAUGGUAUCUGCUGGUAAAGCGAUAUCAUAUUCGGGGCAGCAACGCGUAUCAGUGAGACCGCCAUUAUUAAGGCUUUAUCACGAAGUGGAAACGUUUAGAUGUCGUGCUGUUAAAGAUAUGCGUGCAACUGUAUCAGCGAUGGAAAAAGCGCGUAUUGAAUAUCGGGCUGCUCUUAGCUGGAUGAAGUCUGCAAGUACCCAAUUAGAUCCGGAUACUGGUCGCGGUCUUGACAAUUUUCGUAAAGCCCAGGGCCAGGUCCGCGAAAGUAAGAAAAUGUUUGAUAAGCUGACUCUUGAUGUUUUACAAAAGAUUGAUUUGUUAGCAGCAGCUAGAUGUAACAUGUUUUCACAUGUAUUGUCCAACUACCAAAGUUCAUUCUUGGCUUUCUCCACCAAAGUUGCCCAAACACUCCAAGCCACCAUCGACACUAUGAGUGAAGCCCCACAAUAUGAGUUCUGUAUUUUGAAAAGUCUAGGACAAGUGGAUUCCAACCAGGAAGAAAAUGGAGUUCCUGAUAAAGAUCAAAUGUUAUUCUUCCAGGAUGAUUUCAAAGAUGAUGCUCAAGAAAAUUCUAAGCCUGAAUCUAAUAUUACUGAUAAUAACCAACCAUCCAACAACACAAAAGACGAACCAUCGACAUCAGGCAAUUUAAUUAAUACUGAAAUUGAACAUAAUGACAUUAAUGAAGAUCUUGCUGGAUUAAACCUUAACUGUGGAGAUCAACCGGCUAACUUUGGAUCGUUUAUGCCCUCGCAACUAUUACAGAGUUUAAAUAUGAAUCUACAUGAAGGUUCAUUGGCGCCAGUUCAUAUUAACAAUCAAAUAAAACCAUCCGAGCAAGCACAACCCCCAGCGAAACCCCUUUCAGCAAAGGAAAGUAAAAUGGCCUGGUUUAAGCUGUUUGCUGAACUUGAUCCCUUGGCCAAUCCAGACAAUAUUCCCGGCUCAAAUCCAAACCAGAGUCAUGCAGCUUAAACUAUGGUGUAUGAUAAAAAUAAAACUCAGUUCAAACCAUUGUCUAUGGUACAAAUAAAAGACAGUGCUAACUAUGGUCUAUACUCUAUAGUAUGAAUAAAAGCCAGUCCACAACUGCUAGCUUGGAUCACAUAUAUAGAUGCAUUGGAAUAAUUUGGAAAAACAACAUUUUGAAUAUUUUUCCCUAAACAAAUAAGGAUUUUGAUAUUUAUUAUGGACAAUCAUACUUUUUAAAAUAAUAUGUAAAUCUAUGAAUUACACAGAUAAAGUAAUGCUUAGAUUUUUAUAUAUCAUUGAAGAGAUUGCUCAGCAAACUUGUUUUAUUUGCUGUAAGUACAAAAAUUAAUUGAUUUUUUUUUUAUUGCUAUUAUUAUAUUGACUAUUGUUUACACCUUUGUCUUUGUUGUAUUGAGUUUUACAUGUAUAAUCAUGAACAAAUAUUAUUUAAUUUUAUAUUGAAACAGGGUUGAUAAUAAUGUAACAACUAGUGUCAAGAUAUAAUGUUAAUAUGAAAUUAAUAUCUAGAGUUUGUAUAAUAGUUAUAUUGUGUGGUACAACUUUAAUAUAUACCUUUAGAUUUAUAUAGUACAACUACAAUAAAUAACCACAUUCAUUAUAUUUUGUUUCCGACAUCAUCAAUAAGAGUAUCGGCUAAAUUCAUACAAUGUCUUACACUUAUUAUUUGUACAGUUUAUAUUCAUGCCAGAGUUUUGAGCUUUUAAUUCUUUAUAAUGUAUGAUUUAAUCAAACCUAGUCACUUUGAUCUGUUGUUUUGUAUUGGACACCAAAGAGUUUUAUAUGUAAGCCUUUAGAUUGUAAAAAUGUUUUAUUUACAUUCCAUAAUAUGUUAUUGUAACCUUAUAUUUUAAAAUUAUAUCCUUAAUAAAAUUGAUGUUAAAAUGGUA